AGGUCUCAUGAUCGACAACUCUAUCAAUCAGUUGUCCUGGCGUGGAGGAUCAGGGAGAACGCACGUCCUCCUGGAGUGACAGUGAUAGUGGAGCUGAACAUCAGGAGCAGCUGACACUCACCCAAUCCAGAGGACGAGCCGGCAGAAGAAAGUAUGACUUACAGGUUUGGAAUGAUAUGAGGAUUUUGACCUGUUGAUCAUGCAUCAGCUGUCUGUGACUUGCCUGUUGCUCUGUCUGUGGCUGCUGGAGCGCUGCCAUGGCAACAGCCACAAUGAUCUACACACACAGUUUGGCAUCAGCCUCUACCAAACACUCACAGAGACGGAGAACAACUCCAACCUGAUCGUGUCCCCAGCCAGCGUCUCGUUGAGUCUGGGUCUUCUGCAGCUCGGUGCCAGGGGAAACACUCUAGCACAACUUGAGGAAGCUCUGGGAUAUGAUGUGAAUGAUGCUCGAGUGCAGGACAUUCUGUCUCGGCCACAAGGAGACCUGGGUAAUUCCAGUGACGGGGUGCGGCUUCAGCUUGCCAAUGCCUUAUUUGUCCAGAGUGGUGUGAAACUCCUGCCAGAAUUUACCCAGCAUGCCUUGGGAUGGGGUAACAGUAGUCUACUGAGUGUAAACUUCAGUAAUCCAAACCACACUCAUAGUCGGCUACAGCAAUGGACACGUUCCCAGAGUAAAGCUGAUGACCAUCUCCAGACAAAAGAGGAGCAGCUUCAGUCCAGUGAGUCCCAGGAAGAGGCCUCCAGACAAGACAGUUUACUGCACAUGGCUCUUCUGAGCACGGUGGUGUGUCACGGUGCCUGGCAGAAACAAUUUCUCUUCACUGACACCCAGAACCUGCCCUUCAGCCUCUCAGACGGCAGCACAGUCAAAGUCCCGAUGAUGUACCAGUCAACCGAAGUCAAUAUUGGGCAUUUCCGCCUGCCGUCCGAGCAGGAGUACACUGUGCUGGAGCUUCUGUACUUGGAUCGCUCACUCAGGCUACUGGUGGCCUUACCUAGUGACCGGAAAACACCUCUGGCCCAGCUGGAAAAGCAGCUCACGGCCCGUGCUGUGGGACUGUGGGAUACUGGAUUAAGACGCACUAAGAUGGAUAUAUUUCUGCCCAGGUUUAAGAUGCAGAGCAGGUUCAAUCUGAAGCCUGUUUUACAGUCUCUCGGUAUCUCUGAUGUCUUCAGUCCCUCAGCUGCUGAUUUUAGAGGCAUCUCAGAUGGAGAAGGGCUCUUUGUAUCAGAGGCUUUCCAUGAGGCAAGAAUAGAAGUGACAGAGGAAGGGACAAAAGCAGCUUCAGCUACAGCAAUGGUGCUAUUGAAAAGAUCCCGAUCAGCGGUUUUCAAAGCAGAUCGACCAUUUCUCUUUAUCUUACGGCAGAUCAGUACAGGGUCAUUGCUGUUUAUAGGUCGAGUUCUGAAUCCAGCCGAGAUGUCUUGAGAUGAUACAUGCAAUCACAACUGCUUCAAAUGACAAACACACACAGGAGACUUGUGUUAAUAUACAUUUGUAUGAUUUUGCCAACUCAACACACCCCUCCUCCCUCAUGGGUGGGGGGUCAGAGGGAUAUCUGAGGACCGUUAGGAGGGUCCUCUGACACUUCAGGAAGAGGGACAAGACUUUUGUACAUAUCUGUAAAUAAAAUUUUAUUACA